AUGGAUUAAACUAUAUUAUUACUAAAUAAAUAAUCAUGCUUAGAUUAAUUAACCAAAUUAGGAAUAAACUAUAUUUUACAUAAUUAUGAACCUACCCCAGUAUUUGAACAUCAUAUCAAAAUUUAAAUGUCAGAUGAUACUACUUACAUUAAGAAUCUAUUAUAUGUUGAUAAUAAAGUAAGUAAUUUAUUAUUAACUUAUAGUCAAAUUAUUAUUUAAUCUUAGCUAAUCAUACAACUAAAAUUGGUAAAUUGUUUUUGAAAAACCUUGGAUUAUAAUUAGGAAAUAUUAAAUUAAGUGAGGAAGAACAAAUUACAGAAGAAUUAAAGUCUAGCAAAGAUAAUUUUAGCCUAUUUGCUCUAUUUAAUGAUUCAAAUAAUUUAGUAUUUACAUUUAAAUUAAUAAAAACUAGAUUAAAAACAUUAUUAUAGAUGAAGAAUUAACUAAAUUUAAGAGAGUGUUAUUGCAUCUAAUAGAAAAUACAAAUAUUGUUGUAAUAACAUUUGAUGAUUUAUAAAAUAAAUUCUUGAAAACAUUAAAUAAGAAUUAUUCAAUAUUAUAAUUAAGAGAUAUUACAGAUUAAUAAACAUUAGAAUAAUAAAAUAAAUAAACUUUAGCAAUAACAGUAAAAAAAUCUGAUUUUACAGAAUGGUAUUAAUAAGUGAUAAGAAAAGGAGAAUUGAUAGAAUAUUAUGAUGUUAGUGGUUGUUAUAUUUUGAGACCUUGGGCAUAUUUUAUUUGGGAAUAAAUUUAAAGAUAUUUUGAUGAUUUAAUAAGAACAGAAGAUGUAGAGAAUGCAUAUUUUCCAAUGUUGUUACCAUCUAAAUAUUUAAUAAAGAAAUAAGAUCAUGUAUAGGUAUAGAAAGCAGAAAUAGCUUGGGUUACAAAAUAAGGAUAAAAUAUUUUGAAUGAGCCAUUGGCUAUUAGACCUACAUCUGAAAUAAUUAUGUAUCCAGCAUUUGCAAAAUGGAUAUAGAGUUAUAGAGAUUUGCCACUAAAAGUGAAUUAAUGGACAAAUAUUAUAAGAUGGGAAUUGUAAUAACCAACUCCAUUUAUAAAAACAAGAGAAUUCUUAUGGUAAGAAGGACAUACAGCUCACUAAAGAAGAGAAGAAGCUAUUAAAUAAGUCUAUACAAUCUUAGAUUUCUAUGAAUAAGUAUAUAAUGAAUUAUUAGCAGUCCCUGUAAUUAAAGGAGUAAAAUUAUUAAUUAAAUAUAAAUAGAUUAAAACAGAAUCAGAGAAAUUUUUAGGAGCAGAUUUUACUACAACAAUUGAAACCAUUAUACCAUAAAAUGGAAGAGGAUUAUAAUGUGCUACAUCUCAUCAUUUGGGAUAAAAUUUUAGCAGAAUGUUUGAUAUCAAUUUUGAAGAUGAUAAGAAAUAAAAAAUAUAUGUAUGGCAAACUAGUUGGGGUUUAACUACAAGAUCUAUUGGUGCAAUGAUUAUGUUUCAUAGUGAUAAUAAAGGAUUAAUAUUACCACCAAGAAUUGCAAAAUAUUAAAUUAUUAUCAUUCCAAUUAUUUAAAAAGAUAUUGAUCAAAUAUUAUUAAUUAAUAGAUGUGAAUAAAUUAAAUAAAUGUAAUCUAAUUUAUUAUAUAUAUAGAUUGAUUAAAUUAAAAUUAAGAGUUUAUAUUGAUUCAAGAGAUAAUUAUUCUAUAGGUUGGAAAUUUAAUAAAUGGGAAUAAAAGGGAGUUCCAAUAAGAUUAGAAAUUGGACCAGAAGAAUUUAAAAAUAAUUAAGUCACAGUUAUAUCAAGAUUUAAUAAUAAGAAAUAUUAAAUAACUAUUCAAGAAUUAAAUUAAUUAAAUCAAAUACUUGACAAUAUACAUAAUUCUAUGCUUAAAAAAGCUGAAAUUGAAUUAAAUUAAAAAAUUAAAAACGCUGAUAAUUGGAAUGAAUUUAUGUUACAAUUCAAUUAAAGAAAUACAAUAUUAACUAAAUGGUAUUUUAAUUUGUUCAUAUUAUAAGGUGUGAACGUACUUAAUGUGAAUAAUAAAUCAAAACAAAAUCAGGAUAAGAAUCUAAAGAAAAAGAUUUAAAAUUUGAUGGCCUAAUUUAACCUUCAAAAGGUGCUUCAGCUUUAUGCAUGCCUUUAAAAUAAGAUUAAAUCAUAGAAGGAUAAAAAUGUUUCCAUUGUAAUUAAUAAGCUAAAAAAUAUGUUUUAUGGGGAAGAUCUUAUUGA